CUCGUCCCGUAUACACCAAAUCCAGAUUUUAUCAAUGGGCCUAAAAUUCAAAGUGAGAUUGAGUAUCAUUUCGGCCUGGGCGGUUAUGGGGGGCUUUCUCAGCCGCGUACAAGGGUUUCACUCUGUGGCCUUGGCGGCACAGGAAAAACACAAAUAGCAAUAGCUUUCGCAUAUUGGCUCCAAGUAACGAGCCCAGAUGUUUCGAUAUUCUGGGUUCCUGCCAGCAAUGCCCAUCACUUCCGAGAGGCCUAUGCUUCGAUUGCUGAAAAAUGCAAUGUGCCUGAAAUUGAUGACCCCGAAUCAAACGUUUUAUUGCUAGUUAAAAAUUGGCUAGAAGCGCAGAGCAAUUCGCAGUGGCUCAUGAUAGUUGACAGUGCCGAUGAUAAGGGGCUAUUUUUCCCUUCUCAGAGAGAGAAGGAUAUUUCAGCCAUGGAGACACAAUUAGCCGGCGAAACCAACGGCUUAGCUCAAUAUCUACCAGUUUCCAACAAUGGCUGGCUUUUAUUUACCACGAGAAAUAAGCAAACGGCAGUCGACCUAUGCCAGGGAGGAGUCCCCAUUGAAGUCCCCAACAUGACUGCCAGAGAGGCCCACCAACUUGUGAAAGCCAUUUUACCCGGCGCAUUCUCCUCAACAGAAAUAGCUGCUCUCUCCUCCAAACUUGAACAUUUGCCGCUUGCGCAAGCGCAAGCGGCAUCAUUUAUUCAAAAGAGCUGCACAACUAUACGCGACUAUAUUGACCGCUUAGAUAAGGGAGACUCUGCAUUCAUUGAUCAGUUAAGCGAAGCAUUUGAAACUGUGGGAAGAGACUCUAGGACGCCACAUGCAGUCGCGGCAAACUGGGUCAUUUCGCUAGAGAAAAUCGAGAGAGACGAUAUGUUAGCAAGCGACAUUUUGUCUUUCCUCAGUGUCUUGCAUUAUCAGGCCAUUCCAAAGCACCUCAUUGAACACUACUAUCUCUCGCUAUGCUUAGAUGAGAAUGGAAGUAGUAAUUCAUUUGCUCUUUCAAAUGCACUAGGCUAUCUUAGAGCCUAUUAUGUUAUAUCUGAGGGAACAGAUCAUCAAGAUAUAAACAUGCAUCGUCUCGUGCAGUUAGUGAUACAGAAGUGGCUCGUAGCCAAAAAUCGAAUGGCUGAAUACGUUCGACGUGCUAUGAUGGUCUUAUUAGCCAAUUUUCCAACCGAAAGUUAUAGAACAUUCCUAAAAUAUCUUCCUCAUGCGAAUUGUGUUCUGGGGAAAGGGGAAAGUAACUCAGAAGCUGGUUAUGCAGCCCGAGCAUCGCUUCUGCGUCAAAUGAUAUUAUACCUCUCCAGCAACGGCCACUAUAAUGAAAUUUUACAAGAGUUAGAGGAACAGCUAUUGCAUAUGACUCAAAUACGGUUUGGGAGAGAGCACCCAAACACACUCGAACGAAUUAUGCACCUUGCCAUCGUACACUUCAGACGUGGCCGACUAACAGAGGCAGAAAUUUUAAACAAACACGCAUUUGAGUUAAAACAGAUGGUGCUAGGGAAUGAGCACCCUUCAACACUCGACAGUAUACACAGCCUUGGAGUAUUAUAUCUAAAUCAAUAUCGGUUAAAAGAGGCAGAAGACUUCCUUUCGUAUGCAUUCGAGCUAAGACAAGCGGUAUUGGGAGGGGGCAAUAUUCACACGCUUGAUAGCAUGGGGACCCUUGCAAAAGUAUAUCGCUCCCAAAGGCGGAUUGAAGAAGCAGAAAAUUUAGAGAAGCGAACACUUGAGCUAAGGAGCAUUUUUCUGGGAGUCAAUCACCCGCGUACUCUGAUGAGCAUGCAAGAUCGUGCAAGACGAUACUGCGCUCGAGGCCACUUCAAAAUGGCGGAAGACUUGAUGAUACAAUUAAUUGAAUUGCAAAGAGGGAUAUUAAGGGUCGACCACCCAGAUACCAUUUCAAGCAUGAUAUUACUUGCUAAUAUUUGCAGAGAUUUGGGAAAACUGGACGUUGCAAUACGUCUCAUGGAGAGCUGUCUGUCAGUGCAUAAGGCAGAGUUGGGACAAAACCAUAGGCAUACGGUAGGACUCGUAAUAGUUUUGGAGAAAUGGCGAAGAGAAGCUGAUAUUUGCGCUGUCAACUCGCCACGGAGGGCUUGGCGGAGGAGAUAUCAAUCAGCAGAUGUGUAUGAGGAGGAGGAGGAAGGAGAGGAGGAGGAAGAGGGAGAGGAGGAAGAGGUGUGA